CGACGCGCUAACGAACAACCAGCGAGCACUGACGUCGUGUGCUGCCUCUCACGCCCGGAGCGCGUCCUCGCAAUGCCGCACCGAUGAGCUUCAUCCAGCGCCUCGACAGCGCCGCCCCGUUGGGCUACACAACCCCCCCCCUUCCCAUCGCUCUACUGGCCGCUUCCGCCCGGCGCCGCGCAAUCCUACUACCUCUACACGCCGUCAGAUAUCCUGCGCUUCACCGUCUACUGGACGCUGCUGCUAGCGGGCGGCAUACACCUCGUCGUUGCGCUGUGGGCAUGCAUCACGCAGUGGCGCAACUGGAAGUACGUGUGGGUAGUGCCGCCCCUAUUUUCGCUUGUGGGUGCGCUCGAGGGCCUGUUUGCGGGCGCCAUCGUGGGCGGGCUGCUGGGCGGCGUCUACCAGAGCGGCUAUUUUGAGAUGAGCACGUGGAUCCCGUUUGUGUGGGGGUGCAUCAACGCCCUGGUGUUGAUUCUGGCCAGUUUUGCAACCUAUGGUGGGCUGUAGUCAUGGCGAAGAGACGCGCGGCUUGAAUGCCGAGUUUCGGCAAGCAGGACGAGAGGUGAACAAUAGUAUUCAUGGAAUAUCAUACUCAAGCCACAAGUGCAAUCUAACCCGAUAUGUGUCCCUUU